AUGAGGAACAAUCGGCUGUUCCAGUCCCUUGACAUCGGUGCAAUAGCAUCGAUGCUUAGGAAAACAAAUGAUGUACGAGAAGGUAGAAGUGAUGAGGUUCAAGAAGAUAGUGGAGUUAUCAACGAUGACCCAGAGUGCAAUCCUAAGGAGGAUGAAGUUAUUGAUGGAGAGGAAGUGGAUGAUGUUGUAGUGAGCAAGACUGUUAAGGUGCAAACUCUGUCUUGCUUGGAGGGCUGGGAAGAGCUCAGAAACAUCUGCUGCAAUGCCUCCAGGAAGGGUGAUGGCCCCAGCUCCAGGACAAAAAAAGAGUAUCCUGGACAUGAUGAACCUGUCCUUGAUAGAGUCACAAGGCAGAAAGCAAAGAUGGCGACUGCGACGAACCAUCAGGAAAUUCUGCUGCGCAUGGACUCUGAGACCUCGGUGCAAAUGGGUGAUGAGUUGCCGCCCAUGGAUGAAGAUGCAAUGACUACCAAGACUAGACCUAGAAAGGGCAAAGGGCUAGAGAGGAUCACCAAGUCGCUUGGUAGCAAGGUGCCUAUCCAAAUUGCCGAAGGGAUGAAGCGUCCAGAGAAGCCUCUGCAGUCAGCAAAGCUUGCUUCUGAGUGUGGACUCGUUGCAAGAAACCAUCUUCCGGUUCUUCCUCACUUCAAGCUAUACAAAAAAAAUGCUAGUCUAUUGGAGAACUACAUUGGGAAAGUUGCUGCAAAUUUUGAGAUGAACACGGACUCAAAAACCAUCAAGACCGCGUGCAAAGAUAUUCUGCAAAAAAAUUCAAGGAACAGACGCCAUCAGAUCAAGAAGAAGUAUUUUGAUACCGUAGCCGCAAAUAAAGUCAGCAUCAAGUCUCCGGUACCUGAUCUGACGGAUGGUGAAUGGCAAGCUCUGGUGGAGAUGUGGUCUACCCCAAGACACAAGGAAACCUGUGUGUCAAACAAGAUGAAUCGAUAA